UAAACUUGAAAAACAACCACAAUCAUGAACGCCAUGACUGAGCGGCCUCAUGAGCCUCAGAAGCUACACAUAGCCAUGUUCCCAUGGCUAGCCUUUGGUCACAUGAUCCCGUUUUUAGAGCUCGGCAAGCUCAUUGCCCAAAAGGGUCACCGUAUUUCAUUCAUAUCAACCCCUAGAAACAUUGAACGCCUCCCAAAGAUCCCUCCAGAUUUAUCACUUUUAAUAACUUUCGUGAAGCUGCCCUUACCCCACGUAGAGAACCUGCCAGAAAACGCAGAAGCCACCAUGGACGUACCAUUCCACAUAAUCCCUUACCUUAAGAAAGCCCACGAUGGCCUCCAAGAACCUUUAUCUCAUCUUUUAGAAACUUCAGCUCCUGAUUGGAUUAUUCACGAUUUUGCCCCCCACUGGUUACCACCAAUCGCUACCAAGCUAGGCAUCUCACGGGCCUUUUUCAGUAUCUUUAGCGCAUCAACGUGGUGUUUCUUUCCAAUAGGGACGAGGACAUCGGACGCGCACGAUCCAAGUACAAGGACGGAGCCGGAGCAUUUCACUGUCCCUCCCAAAUGGGUCCCUUUUCCAACCAAAGUAGCGCAUCGUUUGUUUGAGGCGAAGAAAAUCUUUGACAACCGUGGAGACAAUGCUUCUGGUGUUUCAGACUGGUUUCGUGUUGAGAUGGUGGUCUCAGGCACGGAGGCCAUGGUUGUUAAAACCAGCAUGGAGGUCGAAGGUAAGUGGUUGAAGCUCCUUGGAGAGCUUCAUGAUUACAUACCUGUAAUUCCAGUGGGCUUAUUGCCACCUUCGACUCAAGAAAGAGGAGACAGCAACAAAGAUAGCACAUGGGAUAUGAUUGUUGAAUGGUUAGACAAGCAAGAGAAAGGAUCAGUGGUUUAUAUAGCACUCGGAAGCGAAAUUCGACCAAAUCAACAGGACUUCACAGAGCUAGCUCUUGGACUUGAGCAAUCGGGAUUUCCCUUCUUUUGGGCUCUAAGAAAGCAAAGCGGCUCUGUCUUCGGAGAGGAUUCAGUUGAGCUACCGGAAGGAUUCGAGGAGCGAACCGAAGGUCGUGGGAUUGUUUGGACGGAUUGGGCGCCUCAGUUGAGGAUAUUAGCUCACGAAUCGGUUGGGGGUUUCUUGACUCAUUGUGGUUGGGGUUCAGUGACAGAGGCGUUUCAAUUUGGACGUGCGCUUAUUCUGUUGCCCUUCUUGUCGGACCAAGGAUUGAAUGCAAGGUUUUUGGAAGAGAGGCAAGUGGGUGUUGAGGUACCCAGAAAUGAGGAAGAUGGGUCGUUUACCAGUGACUCGGUGGCCCAAACGCUGAAGUUGGUGAUGAAGGAUGAGGAGGGGAAGAUUUAUCGUGACAAAGCUAAGGAAAUGGCCACCAUCAUCGGAGACAAGAACCUCCAGUCCAAAUACAUAGACAAAUUUGUUCAUUUUCUUGGGAACCACAGGCAUGUCAACAAGGGCACGUUGAAUUAAUCUUUUUUCUUUUUUUCUUUUUUCCACAAACAGUGGAAAA